AUGAGGUAUGUCAUGGACUAUGCUCUUUCCACGGGCGAAUAAUAUUAAACUAACAAUAUAGACAGCUGGCUGUCCCAGGCACGAAUUAAUCAUUACCUGUGAAUCAACCAUAUUUUCGGUUUAUAAUUAUAAUUAUCAUUAUCAUUAUUAUUAUUAUCUAAUAUUAUAUUAUAAUGAUAUCAAUGCAUGUACAGCUUCAUAGAAUUUUCUCCUAAACAAGGAAUGACAAACCAGUUUCUUUGUGCUGAUCUUCAAACAGGACGCCUGUUAAUUUCCUCCUAGUCAACCUUGCCGUGGCAGACAUGGUUGUGGCCAUAUUUUUAACACCGCAGCUCCUGUCUUUCCACAUCAGUUUCACUCAUCCAGAUGGGUUGAUUGGUACAGUGUUGUGCAAACUUCUGACCACCGCAAACUUCACCUACGUUGGGGCUGGAGCAUCAGUUUUUACUUUGAUUUGCAUAUCGGUGGAACGUUACUUUAAUGUGUUGUAUCCUCAUGGAGCCAAAGGCAGGCUAACUAAGCGCAAACUCAAGGUAUAGUACAUAAUUUGUAAAAACUGAAAUGCCCUAGUAUCUCAUUGAAAUUAUAAUUGGGUUUUAAAUGCCCUGUCCAAUAAAUGUCCCACCUGUAAAAAUUGCCCACUCCCCCUUGAAAUGUUUGGAAAGCAGCUGUAAACAAGAUGAGUUUCCAGUUAGCAUCACAGAUUUAAACAGUGAUGAGGUUGAUGAAGGCAACUUAGUUCUGAUUGAAGAUGAUUUGAACAUUGACAUUAAAAGCUUAUACAAUUACCCUUUUUAAUCUUUUAAUUUCCGUACACGUUCCACAGUUACUUUAUAGUAUGUUUAUAAAAGUUAAAUAUAGGCCUCUCUGAUAUUAAGCGCUUAACGCUGACUGAGGAAUUGAUACUUCUGCAUGUCUAAAGAGUGAAAAUAGGCACCAAAUCAAAGUGAGAUGUCACAACACUGGCAGUAAUAAUGUCCACGUUUGCACGCAGAUACAAGACUUGUUAUAGUGUGUUUGCAAAAAAAUCAGCGAUUUUUCGUGUUUAUUGUAAAAUUUGCGAUUUCUUGCAUGGUUGGCGAUUUUUCGAGUUUACUUUAAAAUCUGUGAUUAUGAGCAAAUGUUCUUUAUUUUUACAUGUACAAAGCCAGUUGAGAAUUUUACAAACGUUGCGAAACUUCUUUGUCAUGUUAUGAUCAAUUAAGUCGAAUGGUCCGAAUGCUGGAUGCAUGUCCGAACAAGAUCCGAAUUCUCUCGAACAAUAAGCUUUUAUAGCACAAACGUGUUUACCCGUGUUUGCACUUCCCUCCCCUCCCUAACCUUCAUGACGUCCUAGCUAAGCCUUGAACACUGCUAGUUAAAGAAUAAUUAAGCCAUAGUAACCACAAUAAUAAUGUGGUCAUCACCUUGUCACUAACUGAGCUCACACUGUGGGUGGCUCCUCCUAAAAUGUUCUAUAAUACAAUUGGUCUAGAAUUUAAUGGAGCCGAAAACAAUGGUGGAAUUGCACACAUUUUAAGCACCCUACUGAUGAACAGUGACGACCUAUAGAUAUUUCAAGCAACAACAAUUUGCUGUCUGCCGUCUUUAAGGUGACUCGACCCAUUUUUUUUUUUUUUUUUGGGGGUACCUGCCUACGUUGAAGCUCUCUGGUAUCCCCACCUUUACUUUUAUCGUAAGUCUAACACAUAGAAUGGAUAACAUAUAGAUCAAUCUACAAUAUAACAUAAAAUUUUGGGCGAUCGGAGUAAAUGUGACGUGGUUAUAAUGCCACGCCCCUUUGAGGUCUGAGUCGAAAAUCUGCUGUUGCCGGCAUUUUUUCGUGAAAAUCUCUCAGCUACACAUAGUGCGCAUUAGUGCCUUGCGCUGAAGAGAGUUUCACCAAAAUCGUUAUAACAGAUGGGUCCUUGUAAGUCAGCAAAACGCUUUAGGGCCUUGUAAAUGCGCGCGAUUUCGAGCAAAGCAAACAUAUAGAAAUUAUAGUUUUCGCUAUUUGUUGACGUUUGUCAGUGUUUAAGAGUCCUUCUCACGAAAAAAGCAUUUUCUUAAAGAAUCGUAGUUUUUUUUCCUUCAAAUUUUUUCAGGGCCACAAUUGAUUAACUAACUACCCGGACUCUGAAUUUCAUGCAAGGACCCAUCUGUUAUAACGAUGCCCAAAAUAGAGGGAUGAAUCUCUUAGUUUAUUAGAUAUAAUCCGUGUAAAGUUUGCUUAUCAUUUUCGCAUAAAUUAUGACCUAAAUUUAGAAACCGCUGAAUUUCUCGAAUUGGGUCUUUGCGAUUUUGGUGAAACUCUCUUCAGCGCAAGGCACUAAUGCGCACUAUGUGUAGCCGAGAGAUUUUCACGAAAAAAUGCCGGCAACAGCAGAUUUUCGACUCAGACCUCAAAGGGGCGUGGCAUUAUAACCACGUCACAUUUACUCCGAUCGCCCAAAAUUUUAUGUUAUAUUGUAGAUUGAUCUAUAUGUUAUCCAUUGUAUGUGUUAGACUUACGAUAAAAGUAGAGGUGGGGAUACCAGAGAGCUUCAAAGUAGGAUGGUACCCCCCCCCAAAAAAAAAAACUGGGUCGAGUCACCUUAAAUGUUUUUCUUUUCAUGACAUGUUUUCCCAGGUGCUUGUACCUUGUUCCUGGAUCUUUGGAGUGAGUUUGAAAGUCCCAGCUUUCUUGUCUUACGUCUAUGUCAAGGAAGUUGGUGGCUGCGUUUAUUUGCUUACAGAAGAAUGGAUGGGAAAACUUCUCAGUAUGUCUUGGUUUAUAUUUUUGGGAUUCCUUCCUGUCGUGGUUAUGACUGCCUUGUAUUCCCGAGUCGUUUACGCUUUGUGGUUCAAAAGCUCAGACAACGCUGGAAACAAUUCACAACAGGUUGGAAAAAUCUUGCCCUACGAAUACAGCUGUUUCUCUUUGCUCCUCGCCGCUAGGGACGUUUCGCCAGGAGGAACGUGUGUGCCUCAGCGACAGAAAUUCCAUACUGAUGACGUAAAGUCUGUCAGGAAUAUGGUCAGGAACUCUAAUUGGUCGACGUAGUAGUUAUAUUGUUUUCCUACUGUUUACGAAUUGACAGACAAAAGACAAAAGGCCACAAAGGUCAAAUGUAAACGUGAUGAAUCUACUGAAAAAGGGUCAAUAUUCCUGGAAUUUAUUCUUCUUUAGGAAAAGCAUCCGAGUUUUGCUGGAACUCGUUCGCAGAAGGACACAAGACUUUACUAUAAUCGACCAGGAGAAAUAUAAAAUUUAACAAAUUUACAUUUGAAGCCCUGUGACCAAACUAAUCAUGUAAAUAUUGAUUUAACUCAUCAGCAAGGAAUUUCUGUUGCUGAGGUGCAGAAGUCCGUCCUGGCGAAAAGUCCCUAGCGGCGAAAAGCAAGAAAAGACGGCUGUAUUCGCAGGCUAGAAAAAUCUAUACACAAUACAGUCCAAAUAUCAUUAGUUGAACCUGCUUUCAGUCAGCAGACACCCUCUUUUAAACCAUUUCCACUCUGACCUAUUCAUUUUACAUGUCAUUAUGUCCGUUAUUCUCGUCCCAAAGGAAUAUCUCCUUUGGUUUGAAAACAGAUACUUGACCCGGACUGGCCUCGAGUGAUGUAAAAUUUUCCUCUUAAAUGCUCCUACAAAAUAAUCUUGCUUGGUAAACAAAGUUUUUGGGCCCGACCCGCCAAGCGCUUUUACAUCUUGCUCUUUCACACAGCCACCAAGGUCGACAAGGUCUUGCUUCCUUUGCCUUGUUUUCAUGCCUGAAAGUGCAGUAGCCCUGCGUUUUUUGUUAAGUCGUCUUCAGAAAACAUGAAACCUUUGUAAAGGAAACAUUGACUUAAGAAGUGCUAUUAGUCCUUAAAAUAUGGCCAAAUGACAAUGAAAUAUGGUUGCCUCAUGAGAGAUAAGAUGAUUUUAAGAGUCAUGGUUUUGAAAAACCGAAUUUCCGUUUUCAUCCGUCCAAACGCCUUUCCCACUCCGGAGGACCCAAUUGAAUUAAACCUCAAUGUUUCCCUCAGCUGGAAAAUGAAAUGAAAUGUUUUCCUCUCAAGCGUUUUAGGCACGUAUAAAAAUAUGUGGUGCGAAGUGUCUGAACACAGCACCAAUUUGGGUGGGUGCCUGCACUAGUACUCGAGAACCAAGUCUGAACACAGCUUGAAAGCAUAAAUUGGUUGAUUUUCUUUUGUGACCAGCGUUGUGACCUGUGUUUAGAGACCUGUGUUUAUGAACGGAAAAAUAAAAGGGCUUAUCAAUCGGUGAUACACUAUCGGGUAUCAACUGUCUGAACACAGCACCAAUUUGUACGGGUACUUGCUAUAGUGAUAUGGGGAACCAAUUGUGAACUCAGCCAAAAACAUAAAUACAUUGAUCCUCUUUUCUUGGUAGGGUGUGAUGAAGGUUCGGAAGCGAGUCACCUUGAUGGUCUUCAUUGUCAGCAUCAUCUUUGGGGUUUGCUGGGGGACAAACACAGUUGGCUACCUCAUGGUCGAUUUUUUUCCCUCGCACAAAUUCCAUACAAUAGAAGCAAGCAACACAAUAGUCUUGUUCAAUUCAGCCAUCAACCCGAUUAUAUAUGCCUUGGUCAACGAGCGAUUUAAGGAAAAGUUCAAGGCAAUGCUUUGCUGCAGUCGGCGAAGAGUAAGGGUUCAUCCAGCUGGAGAAUCUCAUGGGAUCGAAAAUAAUACCAACCCCACUGAUGCUAAAAUAGAAACAGGAAGAAACUAA